AUGAUCAAAACUCUACGAUCAGGCCUCUGGACCUGUUCAAGAUGCAUUCGACAAGCAUCCCGGGCUCAACAUCAGCAGCGGCGUUGGCGGUCUGCUGCACCCAGCGCCGCUCAACUCGACGGCUUUCGCACACCGGUCGACCACUCUCCUCCCGGUGCGAAGUAUGACGAUGCGGUAUUGCGCCAGAUAUUCGAUAGCCCUCCAACUUUCCGACACUUCGUCCGGCCGCUGUUCGAUAGCGCCAGUUCGCGAAAUGUUGGGCUGUUCCGGAACAAGUACCUGACGUCGCCGCAAGGCUUUGCAACCUUCGCCGAUGUUACCGUCGUUCGAGCAUCGAGGCUUGUCGAGAAGGUCCUCGGGGCGUCUACAGUGGAAGAAUACAAAGAAUUGGUCCGUGACCUCGACAGACUUAGCGAUGUACUUUGCCGGGUUCUGGAUGUCUGCGACUUCGUCCGGGUCACCCAUCCAGACGAGAAGAUACAACGCGCGGCGUCUGAUGCGUGGUCAGAAGUAUACAUGUACAUGAACCAACUCAACACCUCGACUGGGUUGAGCGACCAGCUUGGGAGGGCUCUGGCCAGCUCCGAGGUCAUGGCUAGUUGGAAUGAGGAGGAGCGAACCGUCGCGCAGCUUUUGUACCAAGACUUCAAGAAGUCUGCGAUACACCUUCCGCAAGAGACUCGAGAUGCCUUCGUCGACGUGUCGCAGAGCAUCAGCGAGCUGGGUGCGAAUUUUGUCGAAAAUAUGGAGCCAGAGCAGAUGUAUGUCUCUUUACCCAGCUCCAAGUUCCACGGCAUGCCACCUCAAAUCGCACAGAGAUUCGUUCGGCUUCGUAACCUGCUUCUACCGACCAUGGCCCCGGCGGCAACUGUGGCUUUGAGGAGCGUUCACGAUGCUGAUACGAGAGAGGCUAUCUACAUGGCCACUCGGACUGCCUCACGUCGGUCGGUGGGAACACUAGAGGAACUUCUUAGGACGCGUGCUGAGCUUGCCAAUCUCUCCGGGUUCGAGAGCUACGGCCAGAUGGCUCUCCGGGAUAAGAUGAUGGCGAAGACCCCCGAGUCCGUCCAUCAGUUCCUUUCGGCAUUGUCCAAGCACAACACUCCGCUUGUCGAACAGGAGAUGACGGAUCUCCUGAAUGAGAAGAGGAAAAGGCUUCAUCUGCCCACCGCAGCCGACCUUCACCCUUGGGAUAAGGAUUACUAUAUGGAGAGUAUACGCGCAGCGAUGAGGUCUAAAAGGCGAACUGAUGAUUCGUUGUCCGCCUACUUCUCUCUUGGUACCGUUAUGCAGGGCCUGUCGAGAUUAUUUACUCGCUUGUACGGAAUCAGGUUCGUACCUACCGAUACUCUGCCGGGAGAGACAUGGCAUCCUGAUGUCAGGCGACUAAACGUGAUCUCGGACACUGAUGGACAUGUGGCCGUGCUUUACUGUGAUCUCUUCUAUCGGGAGGACAAAUCCCCCAACCCUGCACACUUUACUGUGCGUUGCUCGAGAGAGAUCUCGACGAGGGAGAUCCAAGAAGCAUGGGAACAGAACGGUGUCGACGGAUUACCCACGUUUGAAUCGGCUAUUGAUGCUGCGAAUGAUGGGAUGCAUGUUUCCCAGCAGUCUGGCUCGGUAAAGCAACUGCCCACAAUCGCGUUAGUCUGCGAUUUCCAUCAAGACAGAGAAGGGCAGGACGAGCCAGCUUUGCUGGAUUACUAUCAGGUUGAGACGCUGUUUCAUGAGAUGGGACAUGCGAUACACUCAAUACUGGCCCGCACAUCCCUUCAGAACGUUGCUGGUACCCGGUGUGCGACUGACCUCGCUGAGCUGCCCUCUACGCUGAUGGAACACUUCUGUGCAGACCCUUCUGUUCUUGCGCUGUUUGCGCGACACCACAAAACAGAUGAGCCUCUGCCCUAUCACAUGAUUGCAGAGAGGCUGCAGGUCUUCAAUCGGUUCGAGGCAUCAGAUCGCGAGAACCAGAUCAUCCUUGCCAUGCUCGACCAGAAAUACCACUCCUCAUUAGUAAAGGAGCCCAACUUUGAUUCGACCGAGGUCUAUCUUGACCUCCAAAGAAAGUAUGGGAAACUCCCCCCAGAUCCCAAGGGAACGAGGUGGCAAGGCUUCUUCGGGCAUCUCUUUGGGUAUGGCAGCACCUACUACAGCUAUCUCUUCGACCAAGUGCUCUCCGAGCGUGUCUGGAGAGUUGUCUUCUCGGCAGGCCAGAAUGGUGCUGCGCUGGACCGAGCCAACGGCGAGCGAUUGAAGGAAAACCUACUCAAGUGGGGAGGCAGUCGGGAUCCCUGGAGAUGUCUCUCAGACACUCUGCAAGACGAACGGUUGAUAGACGGGGACGAGAAGGCCAUGAGACUUGUUGGGAGCUGGGGAAUCAAAGACGAUGUGCAUGGUUGA